AUGGCAGUUGAUAGCAAAAAUCAGUUUCAUGAUUCUGAUAUUACCGCUGACAACAAGCACCAGCACACUGGUGGGGAUAAUUUACUUUCAAACGAAAAAACUGCUGGGAAUAUUGAAGAAGACUAUGUUGUGCUUUGUGAUACUGACUUCAAUGUACGUGUCGUGGAAGARAAAUUGAAUAGUGUUUGUCUCGACUGGAAUUUAUUGGACGACGUCGAGGUAUAUAAAAUCGAAAAAUAUCACAGACGACGUGGCUGGGAGCAAGUCGCUUGGGUAGGCUAUGCUCCUACGACCAUCGAAAAUUUAGCCGAGAACUUCACAUAUCGGUUGCGYAUCAAGGGUCAGCGCUUCUCGGAGUCACUCGGUCUAUUUGAGGAUAUCAAUGUGUCACCAGAGUUUUUGGUUACCACUUUGGCAACACUGCCCACUGCAGUGUGUCUACACCGCGCCGUCAAGAAAGGUCAACAGUUUCUGGUUAAACGUAUACUACGGCGACGACCCAGCUUGUUAGACUAUCCCGGUCCGAAUAGUUACUUGCCGCUGGCUAAUGCCAUUAUGAACGGUGAGCAUUGUGUCACCGAUGUGCUGCUGAGCCAUGGCGCUAGUGUACAUACCGGCAAUCCCUUGAAUGGACGCACUCCACUGCAGCUCGCUUUCUACCAUGGGCGCUUGGCCGUCGCACGCAUUCUGCUAAAUCGUAAGGCACAGCUUGAAGCAACUGACAUUAAUGGCAUGACUGCUUGUCAUUUCGCCGUCGACGCUAAUCAAUUGGAGCUGCUUAGAUUUGCGCUGGAAAACGGUGCCAAUGUGAAUGCAACGGAUGCUUGCGGCUGGUCAUUACUGUCACGUGCAGUUGUUAUGGGCGCUGACGCUUGUAUUCUGAAGCUGCUGCUGACAUACGGUGCGGAUGCCAARUCCGUGGAUGAACUGGGCAAGACUUGCGUGGAUUUGGCGAACAUAUACAAGAACGACAUAGCGAGUGAUUAUUUGAUGAAGGCUUUGCGGCCUAAGUAA